UCGGAGUUUUCACUCGUCUGCCUGAGGCCUCGAGGCCUGAGUCACUGUGAUGGAAACAAUGAAAGCACAGGUCACACACACACACAGUAGAUUGUCAUGUUUAAUGUCUGGAUGUAAAACAGACAAACAGCAGUUUGUUUGUAGAUGAUCCAGGAAGUGAGGUCACUCACUCACUCAUGUCUGUGUGGAGGGACAGAGGUCGUCACUCACUCACUCACUCACACAGUCACACAGUCGCAGAGAGCAGGUCCACCAUCAUGUCUCUCAGGCUUCUCCCUGCCUUCACCAUGGACAACGAUGAGGACGACGACGGAAACUUCACUAAGUGGAUGAGCAGUUACUGGGGUCACGGCGCUGAGGGCGGACACUCUCGAGACAGGAAACGCAGUUUCAAGAGAGCGUCCAAGAGUCACGUCGAGAGGAGAGCGUCACUGCCCACUGUGUCACAGUUAGACACCAUGAGGUUGAACAGACUCCACACAGCCGCCAUGAGCAGCAGAGAGGAGAAGGUGGAGGUCAGAGGUCACCAGAGAGCUCGACGCUCCUCCUCCUCCGAUGACAGUCGACCAAAGUUGGCCAUGACGGAGAAACGCAUCACUACCAUCCCUGAACUCACGGAGGCGCUGGAGAGGAGACUGUGUGUGCGUGAACACAGGACCAGCACGAACAGAACAGACGACGGUUGUUAUGAUGACGUGCGUCAGAGAGAAGAAACUCAGGAGUUUAACUGUUCACAUCAUUACCACAAAGAGGUGGUUCGUAGGUUAGAGGCGUGUCGGCCUCGCAGCAGCAGCAGCAGCAGUCAUGUGAAGGCAGCAGCAGCAGCAGCAGCAGCAACAGCAGCAGCAGCAUCAUCGUGUCAGGUGAGAAGGAAGUCUGUGGACGGACCGAUCUCCAAGGACAAGGAGGAGCACACACUGCGACGUCAGUUUUCCCUGAGGAGACAUCGCUGAUGAGGACAGAGGUGAAGAAGGUCUUAAAAAGGGAUAAAAAUGUGUCUUCUGACUUUGUUUCCUCACAGAAAUGUGUGUCACUGACCGUCACUGACACAUUUCAAUGAUUCAACAUGAGGUUUAAGCCAAACACGGUCACUUUAGUGUGAGCAAACGUUGGUAAAUAUCUCUGAGUCCGUGUUUGUACAGAAUAUUAACGUCAACUCUCUGGUAUCAACAGUCCUGCUCUCUGUCUCCCCCUGUGUCUGCCAGUGGUACUGCAGCCUCACAGCUGCUCUUCUUUCUUUUCUUCAUUUCAUCGUCUUUAGUAGGAAUUUUAGUGUUUUUACAUUAUUUUCAGGUCGUGUAGAAGCAGGUGGUGUUAUGUAAUUUCUCUUUUCUCUUCUCACACAAUGAAUUUUGAGUAGUUUUCUUACAAAAACAAGUUUCUUUAGUGUAAUCCUGUCCUUGUUGCCUAACAUUACCCAAAACAUCAACUCGUGUGAUGUUAUUCACAGUUCUAAACAAUGGUUUCCGUGGCAACUGUGCAGAUAUUAACUUUCUGGAAAUCACUGACUGCAGCUUUAAUGUGGCACAGACAGCGUCGUCGUCUUAAUGAAAGAUAAUAAAAGAUUGUGUGUAUUAGUUCUUGUGGUCAAUCAUAUUGUGUGUAUUUUAAAGUUGU